AUGGCGAGAGGACCGAGAAAGCAUAUGAAGCGUAUCAAUGCACCUUCACACUGGUUGCUUGAUAAACUUGGUGGAACGUAUGCACCACGACCAUCACCAGGUCCGCAUAAAUUACGUGAUUGCUUACCAUUGAUUAUUUUUCUUCGUAAUCGCCUUAAAUAUGCUUUGAAUAACAGAGAAACGAUUGCUAUUUUGAUGCAACGAUUAAUUAAAGUGGAUGGAAAAGUUAGAACAGAUCAUACAUAUCCAGCAGGUUUUAUGGAUGUUAUUAGCAUUGAGAAGACGGGGGAAAAUUUCCGUUUAGUUUAUGAUACAAAAGGGCGAUUUACAAUUCAUCGUAUUACGUCAACGGAAGCUAAAUAUAAGCUUUGUAAAAUCAAGAAAAUUCAGCUUGGGUCCAAAGCCAUUCCAUAUGCAGUUACUCAUGAUGGUCGGACAAUUCGCUACCCUGAUCCAGCUAUUCGAGCUAACGACACUGUCAAAUUCAACUUGGAAUUUGGUAAAAUUGAAGGGUUUAUCAGUUUUGAUGUAGGAAAACUUGCUAUGGUGACAGGAGGUCGUUCUAAGGGAAGAAUUGGUGUAAUUAUCAAUCGUGAACGUCAUGAUGGUGGAUUUGAUAUCGUUCAUCUUAAAGAUGCCUUAGAUCGUGCCUUUGCUACUCGUCUAAGCAACGUUUUCAUUAUUGGUGAUGCAGCAGGGCCUUGGAUUUCCUUGCCUAAAGGAAAAGGUAUCAAACUAACAAUUUCAGAAGAAAGAGACAAACGCCGAAGUCUGCAAAAUGCAUAAUCAAUGUCUUGUUUCAAGACAACUUUUUAA